UCUUAGAUUUCAGUCCGAGUCAGUUGCUUACGAACGAUCACGUAAAAGUUUUAAUAAAUAACACCUAGAUAAUAUUCUAGAACAUUAUCAUAAGGAAUAACAACAUAUUUUUGGAACAAAAAGUGUGUAUAUUUGUCGAACCUAUGAAAAAUAAGCUGGGAAGCGACAUUGUGGCGAGUGAGAGAUUCGUCGGUGAUUUGCCGGUGAAUCUGGUUAGACAGCAAUCACCGAAGACGACACGCAAGGAAUCAAUGGCUCCAAAAAUAGUGGUGUGUCCGCCUGUGGAAGAAGUGAGUGAACCAACUACAACAGCUCGUGGUUCUCGGUUGUUGAAAGCUCUCAGUAAGCGUCUUACACGACGUUCGGCAGACGGUGAUUCAUUGGGGAGUUCUAGUAGCAACGAUAGCAUGUCUGGUGAGACAAAUCGGACAGAGGAUCGUUCCUGCUCAGGUAGUGACUCCAGCAGCGACAGUUCAGAGCGUCAUCGGCGUCACCGCUCAACAGUAUCUUUACGACGUGUUUUUAAAAAUUUAACCCUUACAAACCGAUCACAGUCUUGUUCACCGACAGAACGUCAGCGACAGCCUAAGAAACAAGCUCAGCCAAAGCGCAUUCUUCGGCCACCUGUAACCUACACAUAUGUUCGAGGCCUGUCUGGUUUACCGACACAGAGAGUGCCACGACACACAGUAUACGCUUCUUUAGGACUUAAUCGGUAAAAACUUUAGAAACAAGAAGAAAUCAAAAGAUCGUAAAAGGAGAUAAAGACUGGUUAAAAACUAUCGGACAGCAUUAAGCGCUAGAAAAUAUUUCAUCAUAUCAGUAGUUUCAAAUGACUUCUGGGCCGGUUAAGCAUGUUAACGUCGUCUUCGUUAAGGACCAAAGCUAAAUGUAAUGAAAGUAGUUAAAUUUUCAAGGAUUGAAUUUAGAUACUGCGUGAGCUGUUACCCGUCUACUUAAGGAAAUCGCGAAAGACUGUGUCAAUGUAAUCAUAAUUAUGAAAAUGUAAAAUAAUCAUUGUCUUCACUGUGUUAUGUAUAAUAAUUAGGAAGCAAACCUUAACAAUGCUAUCAAAACAUGAAAUUGGUCUAUGUAAAUCAUAUGUUCAUACACUUGCACAUUUUGAAUGUGGUUUAUAAAUAGAGAUAAAAAAAUUAAUAUUAGGUUAAAAUCAUAUU